ACAAGCCGGCUUCUGUUUUUUUCUUUCCUCCUCACCUGAGCCGAUGGUACAUUCUUCCGUUUUUUUUUUUCUUUCUUGCGUGGAGUUUACCCUGGGGUAUAUAGCAGUGGUGACAGACUGCUGGGCUGCUUGACUGACUUGGCUCGCUGUGUGGGCUGCCGGGGCUGCUCAAAGGUUCAGAUAUCACUCUUCUGAGAAACAGGGGCGUAAAGGCGAGAGUGUACAAACAAGGAGUAUGGCGGUGGAAGAGGGCUCUGUCUUCCAAACAACAUCUGACAGUAAUGCGAGUUACCUGCGGGCUGCCAGGGCAGGGAACCUUGAGAAGGCCCUAGACUACCUCAAGUCUGGGGUCGAAAUUAAUAUUUGCAAUCAGAAUGGCCUCAACGCUCUCCAUCUAGCCUCCAAGGAGGGGCAUGUUGAGGUGGUUGCUGAGUUGCUAAAGCUUGGAGCCAAUGUGGAUGCAGCUACAAAGAAAGGAAAUACUGCCCUGCACAUCGCCUCCCUGGCAGGCCAGACGGAAGUGGUCAAAGAGCUGGUCACUAAUGGAGCCAAUGUCAACGCACAGUCACAGAAUGGCUUCACACCACUCUACAUGGCAGCCCAGGAGAACCACCUCGAGGUGGUCCGCUUCCUCCUGGAGAACAGCGCCAGUCAGAGCAUCGCCACCGAGGAUGGCUUCACCCCCCUCGCGGUGGCCCUCCAGCAGGGCCACGACCAGGUGGUCUCCCUGCUGCUGGAGAACGAUACGAAGGGCAAGGUGCGUCUGCCUGCCCUGCACAUCGCCGCCCGCAAGGACGACACCAAGGCCGCCGCCCUGCUGCUGCAGAACGACCACAACGCCGAUGUGGAGUCCAAGAGUGGAUUCACACCGCUCCACAUUGCUGCUCACUAUGGCAACAUCAACGUCGCUACCCUUUUGCUGAACCGAGGGGCUGCUGUGGACUUCAUGGCCAGGAAUGACAUCACUCCUCUCCAUGUGGCGUCUAAAAGAGGCAACAGCAACAUGGUGAAACUACUGCUGGACAGAGGCUCCAUAAUAGACGCCAAAACCAAGGACGGUCUGACUCCUCUCCACUGCGGGGCGAGGAGCGGUCAUGAGCAGGUGGUGGAGAUCCUUCUGGACCGUGGGGCGCCCUUCCUGUCCAAGACCAAGAACGGCCUCUCCCCGCUCCACAUGGCCACGCAGGGCGACCACCUGAACUGCGUGCAGCUGCUGCUGCAGCACGAGGUGCCGGUGGACGACGUGACCAACGACUACCUGACGGCGCUGCACGUGGCCGCCCACUGCGGCCACUACAAGGUGGCCAAGCUCAUCGUGGACAAGAAGGCCAACCCCAACGCCAAGGCCCUGAACGGGUUCACUCCACUUCACAUCGCCUGCAAGAAGAACAGAGUCAAGGUGAUGGAGCUGCUUCUCAAACACGGGGCCUCCAUCCAGGCUGUGACGGAGUCUGGCCUGACGCCCAUCCAUGUGGCGGCCUUCAUGGGCCACGAGAACAUCGUCAACUCCCUCACUCAUCACGGAGCCUCCCCCAACACCACCAACGUGCGGGGAGAGACAGCCCUCCACAUGGCGGCCCGGGCCGGCCAGGCAGACGUGGUCCGGUACCUGUUGCAGAACGGAGCCAAGGUGGAGACCAAGGCCAAGGAUGACCAGACCGCGCUGCACAUCUCCAGUCGUCUGGGCAAGGCAGACAUUGUUCAGCAGCUGCUGCAGCACGGGGCCACCGCCAACGCGGCCACCACCUCGGGCUACACCCCCCUGCACCUGGCCGCCCGCGAGGGCCACCAGGACGUGGCCGGCCUGCUGCUGGAGAGCGGAGCCUCCCUCUCCUCCUCCACCAAGAAAGGGUUCAGUCCCCUUCACGUGGCCGCAAAGUACGGCAAGAUGGAGGUGGCCAACCUUCUGCUGCAGAAGAGGGCGGCGCCGGAUGCUGCCGGGAAGAGUGGUCUAACUCCACUGCAUGUUGCGGCUCACUACGAUAAUCAGAGAGUGGCUCUGCUUCUUCUGGAUCAGGGAGCAUCUCCGCACGCUGCCGCAAAGAAUGGCUACACGCCGCUCCACAUCGCCGCCAAGAAGAACCAGAUGGACAUCGGGACCACGCUGCUGGAGUAUGGCGCCGACACCAACGCCGUGACGCGGCAGGGCAUCAGCCCGGUGCACCUCGCGGCUCAGGAGGGCAGCGUGGACCUGGUCUCCCUGCUGCUCGCCAAGAACGCCAACGUCAACAUGUGCAACAAGAGUGGUCUUACUCCACUUCACUUGGCGGCUCAGGAAGACAAGGUCAACGUUGCAGAAGUCCUUCUGAACUCGGGAGCUGACGUCAAUCCUCAAACUAAGAUGGGUUACACUCCAUUGCACGUGGCUUGUCACUACGGUAACGUGAAGAUGGCACAAUUCCUAUUACAGAACCAUUCGCGGGUCAAUGGGAAAACCAAGAAUGGAUACACUCCCCUCCACCAAGCGGCCCAGCAAGGCCACACCCACAUCAUCAACCUGCUGCUUCAGCACGGAGCGUCUGCCAAUGAGCUCACACUGAAUGGUAACACUGCCCUGUCUGUCGCCCGUCGCCUUGGGUACAUCUCAGUGGUGGACACCCUGAGACCACUGACCGACGAAAACCUGACCACUGUGACCGCAACAGAAAAACAUAAAAGCAAUGUUCCUGAGACCAUGAACGAGUUCCUGGAUAUGUCAGACGACGAAGGUGAGGAUGCAAUGACUGGGGACACGGACAAGUACCUGCGGCCCCAGGACCUGAAAGAGCUGGGGGAUGAUUCUCUGCCCCAGGAGGGCUACAUGGGCUUCAGUAUAGGAGCGCGCUCGGCCAGCCCUAGGAUCAGUUCGGAUAGGUCCAACACUCUAAACCGGAGCUCCUACGCCCGGGACAGCAUGAUGAUCGAGGAGAUCCUGGCCCCCACUAAGGACACGCUUCAGAGCGGCUGUAAAGAGAUUUCCUACUUGGUUGACCCUCUAAAUAAGCAUUUGGCCGUGACCAGGGACUACAGCACAGAGUGCAUGCGUCGGUACAGCUGGACCCCAGAUACCAUGGACCACAGCCAACACAACACCGUGUCCAGCCCCAUCCACUCUGGGUUCCUGGUCAGCUUCAUGGUGGACGCCCGCGGCGGCUCCAUGCGGGGCAGCCGCCACAACGGAAUGCGCAUCAUCAUCCCUCCCAGGAAGUGCACGGCACCCACGCGCAUCACCUGCCGCCUGGCCAAGAGGCACAAGCUGGCCUACCCCCCGCCCAUGGUGGAGGGAGAGGGCCUGGUCAGCAGGCUGGUGGAGGUGGGCCCGGCCGGGGCCCAGUUCCUAGGCCCUGUGAUCGUGGAGAUCCCUCACUUCGGCUCCAUGCGCGGUAAGGAGAGGGAGCUCAUCGUGUUGCGGAGUGACAACGGGGACACGUGGAAGGAGCACCAGUCGGACGCACGGACGGAAGACCUCCUGGAGCUGCUCAACGGCAUGGACGAAGAGCUGGACAGCCCCAUCGAGCUGGAGAAGAAGCGCAUCUGCCGCAUCGUCACCAUGGACUUCCCGCAGUACUUUGCGGUGGUGUCCCGGAUCAAGCAGGAGUCCAACCACAUGGGCCCCGACGGAGGCACGCUGCUCAGCUCCACCGUGCCCAUGGUCCAGGCCUCCUUCCCCCAGGGGGCGCUCACCAAGAAGAUCCGCGUGGGCCUGCAGGCCCAGCCGGUGCCAGACGACAUGGUGAGGGCCAUCCUCGGGAACAGGGCCACCUUCAGCCCCAUCGUCACCGUGGAGCCCAGGAGAAGGAAGUUCCACAAGCCCAUCACCAUGACGAUCCCGGUGCCCCCGCGGCCGGCGGAGGGCCACCCCACCGGUCACCGGGGCGACGCCGCGCGCUGCCUGCGCCUGCUCUGCAGCAUCACAGGAGGGACGUCCCCUGCCCAAUGGGAGGACAUCACCGGCACGACGCCGCUGUCCUUCGUCACCGACUGUGUCUCCUUCACCACGAACGUGUCGGCCAGGUUCUGGCUCGCAGACUGUCACCAGAUUCCUGAGACGGUGGGCUUAGCGUCUCAGUUAUACCGGGAGCUGAUCUGCGUGCCGUACCUGGCCAAGUUUGUGGUGUUCGCCAAGAUGAACGACCCCGUGGAGUCGCGGCUGCGCUGCUUCUGCAUGACGGACGACAAGGUGGACAAGACCCUGGAGCAGCAGGAGAACUUUGAGGAAGUGGCCCGGAGCAAGGACAUCGAGGUUCUAGAGGGCAAGCCCAUCUUUGCCGAUUGCUAUGGCAACCUCUCUCCGUUGACCAAGAGUGGGCAUCAGUUGGUCUUCAACUUCUACUCUUUCAAGGAGAACCGACUUCCCUUCAACGUUAAGAUCAGAGACAUCGGCCAGGAGCCGUGUGGCCGGCUGUCGUUCCUGAACGAGCCCAAGAGCACCAAGGGUGUUCCCCAGACUUCCAUAUGCAAUUUGAAUAUCACACUGCCAACCCACAGAAAGGAUAUGGAGUCUGAUCCCGAUGAUGAGACUGAAAAGCCAGACCGACGUCAUUCCUUUGCCUCCUUAGCUUUGCGUAAGCGAUACAGCUAUCUGACCGACCCUGCAGCGAGUCCCCAAAGCCCCUGCGAGCGAACAGACCUGCGGAUGGCCAUCGUCGCUGAUCACCUGGGUCUCAGCUGGACAGAGUUGGCACGGGAGAUGAACUUCACUGUGGAUGAGAUCAACCACAUAAGACUAGAUAACCCCAACUCUCUGACAGCACAGAGCUUCAUGCUGCUAAAGAAAUGGGUCAGCCGGGAUGGGAAAAAUGCCACAACGGAUGCCUUAACUGCAGUGCUGACCAAAGUCAAUCGGAUGGAUAUUGUGACUUUACUGGAGGGCCCGAUAUUUGACUAUGGUAACAUUUCAGGCACAAGAUGUUUUGCCGAUGAUAACGCGGUUUUCCGGGAUCAGGCUGAUGAUUAUCAGAGUAUCCUAGCGGAGCUGCAGUCCCCCGCCACACUGCACUCCGAUCCCCACUUCCUGGAUCCCGAAAUCCCUGUCACACCCAACCCCGCCCUCUCACCCCAUCCUCACCAUCACCAUCACUACCCGGCCCCCGACCCCCCCGCGCCGGGCCAGUGCCCGUCCCAGUCCCCGCCCCUGCCCUGGAGCCCCGAGGCGGGGCCCUUUAGCCGGGAGUCUGGAGAGAGUAGCCCCCCGAGGCCCAGCGAGCUCACGCUGUCCUUCCCGGUGUUUGUGCUCCCGGAGCCGCUCCCCCGAGCCGUCAGGAAGCCCCACAUCGCUCUGAACGACCGGCUGCUGCUGAGCGAGGAGGAGGAGGACGGCGGCGGCUUUCAGGACACGCCCCUCGACCACCGGCCCAAGAUCAUCUGCUCCCCGGAGAGGAGCGACAUCGAGAUGGCCUUCUCCACGUCCUCCCCCUCGCUGUCCUCCAUGUCCUCCAUGACGUCCUCGUCUCCCGAGAAAGUAAAGAGGGCGGAGGGCGAAGGGCUGGUAGGUCUGACGUUCUGGGGGUCGGAGCAUGAGAGGCUUAACCGGGGCAUAGAGAACGUGACCAAGAAGCUAGAGGAGGUGGUAAAGAAGCGCGCUGCGGGGGUAAAGCAGGUCACUCUUGCCGAAGAGGAAGAGGAUGAGAGUGAGCCUCCUCGAGUGACGGAGAUGCUCGAGGAGGCUUUGAAUAGACAGAGUGAGGCCGGGCUGCAAAGGCCCGGCUGGGGCACCUUAGGGGAGAUGGGCGCAGAGAGGGCUGGGUGUGUAGAGGAGGGGGAGAGGGGUGGGAAACUUGAGGCGGGUGGAGAAUGUAGCAGCAGCGGAGCGGCAGAUGUGUCCGCGGGGUGGACAGAGGCACAGGAUGUGUCGGUAAGGCAAGAACACCCGGUGGAAAUACCGCAGCAGCCUGAAGAAGACCUUACCGGCGCAGAAGCUGAAAACGAGACAGUGGUAGAGAACACAGAGGGAGAUGGGAUCGCACGUGAGCAGGUGCACCGAGGGGAAGACGCCCAGGUACGGGAUGGGGGGAGUGAGCAGGUGGAGCAGAGUGGAGAGGGGGACAUCCAGGUAGGUUAUGGCGGCAUGGAGGGAGACUGUGUGGGAGGGAGGCCAUCGGAGGCAGGGGAGGCUGAGCCAGACCCUCCUCUCCAGCCCUGGGCGGAGGCGUUGGUGGAACACCAGCCCGUCGAGUCUGAUUCCAACGAAGAGGAGGAGAACGGACGAGUGGACGAGGUGGCGUCCGAGGAGGUGUCUGAGGAGGCGCUGGGAUCUCUUGUGGAGGAGGUGAAGGGAGGAGGCUCAGAGGAAGAGGAAGAGGAGGAGGGCGAGGAAAUGACCGAGGCAAGGGUUCAGGAGAUUCUCAGGCAAGUGGAACAGGCAGAAAAAGAUCUUCGGUGUUCACUUCCAGGUUGGCAUAGUGAUACGUCCAGCGUCCGUGUGGAGCCGCCGACGCCAGGCCGCAGCCUCAGCUCAGACCUUCUGGACAGACACGAACCCAGCCAAGAAAUCUCCAGCGACUCCAUCACUUCCUCAUCCAGAGGCGAAUCAGGGCGGUCCCGACACAACGGUGACAAAUCACAGCAUUCGCCCAAGGAAGGGACCCGAGAUCCAGCCAAUGGCAGGAGGACAGAUGGAACACCAGUGACGGAGAGAAAAGCCCAGCAAUUCAGCAGUGACCCAGAUGAGGAAAGAACAAUUACAACCAAAAUCAUCCGGCGUCGGGUCAUUCUAAAGGGAGAUCAAGCUAAGAAUGUUCCAGUUGAAUCGAUGACGGAGGAGCAUUUUAUCGAUGAGGACGGUAACCUGGUCACUAGAAAAGUCAUCCGAAAAGUCAUCCGACGUGUGACUUCCCCCAUACCGGAGAACCUGGGAGGGGCCUCGGAGCUGUGGGAUCAAGCACAGUGCUGGCAUAGCUCCCUGUUGCAUAUGGAUGAUUCAGAGCAGGCGGAGGGGACCAGGAAUGGCAGGAGAAAGGAGGAGAAGAAGCUGAACUCGUAGUGAUGGUGGUCUUCUGUUAGGUGGGCGGAAAACCACGUGACAUGUUUCCCGAGAACAAGAGGGUGCUGGAGUGCUCCACUGGUUGAGCUUCUCCUCCUUCACUGGCUUUGAACAGAGCCAGAAGAAGCCUUGUUCCACUUCAGCAUGCAUAUGGGAAAACAUGCACUUCCUGUCAAUCAACAGACCUGGAGGUCCCUCCCUUUCCUGUCUGUGGAGCCGAGGAAGAUGGUUCUCCUUCCUUCUUUGUUCUACUCCGUAUGUGCCAUUGGUCCAAUGGUGUGUUUUGGGGGCUUUUCUGGAGUGCUGUUUGAUUGUACCAACCGAAUAAAACGACAGACAGAAAUAUCACAACAACAACAACAACCACAACAACACUGGUGCAACCGAACUUGUACUUCCUUGUGUCCAAAUAUGGCACAAAAUGCUCCAGUGGUGGAAGAAAUGUAGGAAGUUUGUGAGACUAUCACGCAAAACAGAACACCUCUGACACUUCAACACUCGCCUUAUAGUUUUUUUCUUGGACCCAUUAUUAUCAGGAUGUAAAUUGUUUGGGUUGUUUUUUUUCCCCUUUCUUUUUAAAAACUGAACUUAGACGAUACUUUUUUCUGUACAUAAAUUUACAACGUGUAAAAUUCUUAAGAAAAAAAGGAUAAGCUACAGGUAGAGAAUGCACUGAGAUGAGCUAACUUUUCAAGUGCUUUCAAAAUUUAUUGAAAUGGUUCCACUUUUAAGGAAGAUUUGAGUGAAAUUUCCACAUGUUCUUGUACAAUUAAUUAUUAUAGCAGGUAUAAUGUUUGUAUAUGAAAGAAGCUGAUUCAAUUUUAACAGGAAAAUUUCCACACACAAAAAAAGCAAAUUUCAGUUAUUCCCGAUGUGGGAAUGGAUUAAAUCCUUUUAGAGUAUUCAUAUUUUCAUGCAUGCUGUUCACAUUAUUUUGAGUACAAUUUUUACAAGUUUGCAAACACUGUAUUCAAAAUUAAAUAUAAAUCCCUUUAUCCGUGUAGACAUAUAGCCCUAAAAUUUGUCACCAAUUUUAUAUUUUCGAUUUCAAAAUGAUACCAUUAAAUCAUUGGUCAUGUUUGGGGAUGAGUAAACCAUACAAAGAAAAAAUACGUUCUAUCGCUUCUUGAGGGUCUAAUGUCUUGUCUGUCUAUGUUAAACGGAAGGGCAGCUUCUGCUACAGGAAAGAAAUCAGCUGAAUGUAAAUGCUAGUAGGCUGGCUCGCUGUUAAAUUAUAACUGUGUUGUGUGUAUUGGCUAUAAGGUGUAGGAGUCUCUGUCCACUGUUAAACUGUCUGUGUAGCAGUGUGUUGAGUUUGGUUUUCAAAAGGCUGCUGUGGUAUUCAAUGAAAAACUGGGGCAUUUGAUUUUGGUAUUUCCUUUGUUACAAACCUACACACAUUAAGGACACAUAAAGGCAUUUUUUUGAUUGUAGCUGAAAGUUAGACAAUUGUAUGACAACACACUGGAUGGUCAAAGCAAUUAUUUAAGCAUUGAAUAAAUUGUGUUUAACUCUAAAACUGUGUGAUCCUUUUAGACUGAGCGUUUGUACAUGCAGUGACGAAUAGAAUUGUUUUCAAUAAGUCAUUGGCAAAUCUUACUUUGCAUUAGGCACUAUUUUUUGUAUUGGUUUUGAAUAGAUGCCCAUGUAGUUCAAGUGUGAUGUUCUACUGGUGUGUUGCCUCAGACUUUAGUGUGCAGAUGUUUAUGAUGCCGACAUGAACAACUAUGUUAAGGACUUUGAUUUUAUGCAAAUGAAGUUAAACUAGUUUGUCGUGUCAAAAUCCCCUUUUCCUGUUAUGUCAAUCAUGGGGGAGGGAAUCCUUUGAUAUGGUUUAACAAAUAACUGUCCAUUUUGUUUAAUAUGUGUUUUCACCAGAACAGAUUUUUCAAUGUACAAUUCUUACUAACACAGCCAUUGAAAUGUAACUACUUAGCACUUUGGGUUUUCAAUCUUCUUUUAGAGGCUAUAGCAGAUGGUUCCAACACAAAUGUUUUAGACAUCUUUAAAAAAACUAAAUUAAAACAAACAAAAUAAAAUGCAUUGUCUUUGAAAUCACUUUAUUAUGUUUUUGUUU